UAUUUUUAUUUUUAUUCUAAAAGAAGAGCCGUUAUCAAAGAUCGAUGUCCAUUUCAUUUGUAACAGUUUUAUUGAUUUCUCUCUUGUCUUACGUGCAAAAAUAUACUUUUUUCCUCGCGACUUGAGCAUGUGACUGACCUUUAUCGAGGCACUUUGCAGUGCAACGUCUUAUUAUAAGGACAUUAAGUCUUCUUAAUUGAUUCAAUUAUUUAAUAAUGAAUUGGAAAUUGAUUUCCGUUGUAAAGCGCAUUCGCCGUGCUUUUAUUUAUACGGCAGCGUAGAUUGAUGUCAUCGUGUUCGAGAGAGCAAAAUAGAAUCUCGUAUAAGCAUCUAUAAUUGCACGUCGAUUUAUUAUGCGAAAGCAAUAUCACGAGUACGGCUUUUAACCAAUUUGUAUACAAAUCGAAUCACACGCGUUUCAUCUACAGAUGUUUUAUCUCGAAUUUCAUAAAUCGCAAAGUUUCUCUGUUCACUCGGCGCACGCAUUUUCGCAUGCGAUGUGUGUUCUUUGUUAACAAUUUAUUUAUUAUUUGUUUUAAGGAAAUGGCACGCGUUUAAAGUUGAAAUCAAAUUCCUUCGGUCACAAGUGCCGCCGCAAAUGUUGUCGCCCAUUCCUGCAUGCGCAAUCGUAAAGUGACUUUAUGAUUCAAAAUACUCGCAAAGACAAAUGAAUCCGCACACGCGAAUGGUACAUGGUACCAUUAUGAUUCAUGGAUGACUCGGCCCGCCGCUUAAAAAUAUUCUCUCCCCUCAUGAAUAAUAUAUUUUUACGCUGAAGGACUAUAGGGUAACUUGCUGCAAAGUCGGCGAAACAAAUGUGAAGAACAUCUUUCCCUCGAACUUCUUUACCGGAAUGGGCUUUCGCAUUUCGCGCGAGACGAUCUUCCAACUUGACUAUAACGUGUAAAGCUCCCCCUCUUCCUCUCCAAAAUGGAUCCACAUUUGAAUACCGUUAAUUAAUUCAUUUAUUCCAUCGGACUCGACUAUGCGGACUUGUCACAUUUAAAAAUUACGUUCCCAUGCGGAAAGCGUGGGAGCCACGAUAAUUUUCUGAUACUCUUUUUUUCCACGCGCGCGUAUAUAUUAAUUAGACUGGAAUAUUUAUCAAUGUUAAUCGCGUUUGCCACGUGGACCAAUUCUUCGCGAGAAUUCUGCUCGUUUUGUUUCACAUUUAUAAUGUAUUCCGGCGGGGAGCAAGCUUCCGGAUUUAACUCACACUGAUGAGAGAGAGCUUGAUUAUAACGAGGGCUGUUUCGUGUAAAAUACAGUUCUUGUGCUUUGAAUAACUUUGGUUAAUACGGUAUUGUAUAUUCCCCCGGCGUUUCAACAAAAUUGUUUAAUUUGCAGAAACUUUAGCAACGUGUACAACGUAGCGGGAGUGUAUUUCGGAGCGAUAUCACUCCCAUUGAGAUAUUUCUAGGAACCGAUAGUUAGUCCCGUAGUUGACGGAAUAAAAUCGCUCGACAUGCAUGAGCAACAAGUUCUCUUCGUCGUUGUGUCGCGUGUUAAAUAUUAUUUACGUGCCGCACGAUUCUCUAUCGCCUCUGUCGCAGAGCUGGACCUCGAUUAUUUGGAGAGAAGAGGCGAAAAUACAAUAACUUACGAAGGCGCCGAGGAAGGCUCGAAGGAGGAAGACAGCCCCGCGGACACCCUAGAUUGCGUUAAGAUCAUCUUCCUGGGCGCGCCCGGAGUGGGAAAAACGAGCAUAAUCCGACAAUUCGUGUGGAGCGAGUUCUCCGAGGAGUACAGACCGACCGAGAGGCGGGAGACGUUCUACCCGACCGUGGUGCUGGCCGAUCGAUUCUACGAGUUGAAGAUCACCGAUCUGCCAACCAUCCCGUACUUCCCGGUCAGUUCACACCUGGAAUGGACGGACUUCCGUUAUUACGGGCUGCGGAGCGCGACAGCGUACGUGCUCGUGUUUGAUCUCAGCAAUCAAGACACGUUUCAGUACAUCAGGACGUUGCGCGAGCAAAUCUGCGAGGCGCGCGACAUGAGAGGCGUACCGUUGCUGGUGGUCGGGAACAAGCAGGACGAACUGUCGCAGUCCGUCGCCUCCGGGACCAGGUACAGGGACAUCGUGAACCUCGUCCGGAAGCACUGGAGAUGCGGUUACGUCGAGUGCAGUGCCAGAUUCAACUGUCGCGUGGUGCAGGUAUUUCGGGAGCUGAUGAAGAGCAUACAGACCAUAGAAGGUAGGCCGAACUCGCCGUUACCCGCGGCCGCGCAACCGAUGCGAUCUCAUCCGCACGAGAGCAGCGAGAAGUGCAUUCUUCUCUGACAUUAAGACCAAACCCGCUUCCCCGUUACGAGGCAACCGAUUAUACAACGCGCCGUCGUAUCGCGUACCGCACUCGUCCGCGCGAGCAAUGAAACUGGAGCGGUGAGGACCUGCUGUAAACUCAACGAGAAGCUCACGUCGUAGCAGCCGGGGGUGCGACUCUCCUAUAAGACUGCGAACGUGCGUAAUCGCGCGAGUAGACGAGCGAUUUCGAAAUAAGCGACAAUAAUAAUCGAGAUUUACGUACGUCAACCACGGCGAAUUCGCUGCGACACGCGAAUUAAUCCGCCGCGCCGCUCGAAUCGCAUACUAUAUAUCGAAGAUUUCGUAAUCCAGCGAGGGGAUUCGCUGAAAACUCGACGGUUCUUCUACGGAGAAAAGAAUCUGUCUCCUAGCUCCCGCAGUAUUCGCACACUUUUCUAUUCACGCAUCAAUCGCAUUCGCGAGUUUAACGACUCCUCUUUUACGCAUAGUCGACUAUGAUGCCAAUUGCAAUACGUUACGAUGAUAACAAUUGUCAUAUAUAUAUAUGUAUAUUUUUUUUUUUUAGACAAAUUCAAUUUUACGCAGUAAAAUUACUUUCGAUUAAUCGAUUUUUAAUAAAUUCUGAUCUCCGAAUGAGAUCGCGUAUGUAGAGAUUAACACGUGUUAGAGUGCUCAGAAGAACACAACUAUUAAGUAGCGUAAAAGUUAGAGAAACUACGAUAACUAAAGCGAGGCAAGGUAGAGCGAAAUGCAGCGCGAAACUCCUCUCAGCUCAACCCUUUCCCGCGUUCGGCCUAAUUAUAUUCACGCUGUAGGUACCCGAGGCGAGGACGAAGCAAUAGUACAUAUACAUACACACAUAUAUUUUACUAUGCUGUUAAGAAAGUUAAUCGGUUAUUAAUCUAACGUUAAAAAAAGCAAAAGAAAAAAAAACGGUCAAUCGAUCGCGAACGUUCAUAAUCGUUAAAGUAUUAUCGAAAUGUUAUAUACACCUAGAUUAUACCGGCAUGUAUCGUGUGUUAGCGUUGUUACCGUUUGUAUGUAAUACUCUAAGACGGAUGCCACGUGCACGCAAUUUCUACCUUGGGUAUCUCCCUCGAGAUAAGACACACGCAUCCCCGGGGACUCGGCGCGCCGCCACCAGCAAUAGCGAAGAAGAGAGGCGCGCGUCACCGACGUUAUUACCCAUGUUACGUUUGAACGCGCAUGUUAAAGAGUCAUACGACAUCGGUAUAAGAGAUACGUAAGAUCGCUCAAUUCCAAUUUGCACAAACGCGAGUUAACCGGCACCGUUUUGUAAAGGGCGCGAGUGGACGACAGCGCGGAAACAGACCGGCAGGGUGAUAUGUGAUUCCUUAUUUUGUAUGCACACAUACACACACAUACACAUGCAUACAUACAUACAUACAUACACACGCACGACGUUCACAAUAAAAUCCAUUGAGACAUUAAUA